GGUAAAAUUUGGCUUUACAUGUUUGUUUCUCACAUAUCCACAAUCGUUCUGCUUUUAAUCGCUUGUAGCCUAAACGAAGCGGGGGGUCUUUUGUAAUCACUUGUGUCCAGAAACAAAGUGAUUGGCUUUUAUCGCUUGUAGCCCAAACGAAACGACGAAUGACACCAGGUUUUUCUCGCUUGUUCCUUACAACGAAGUGACUGGUUUUUCUCACUUGUAGCCUAAACGAAGUGACCAGGUCUUUAUCACUUGUUCCUUAAACGAAGUGGUCAGGUCUUUUCUUAAACGAAGUGACCGGGUCUUUAUCACUUGUUCCUUAAACGAAGUGAUCCUUUACAGAGACGUCUGUAUCGUAAUUGGUUGUGCACAAACCCCAUUUCGGGAUGGGGAGUAAAAGCUCUGUUGAGGUGGGUCCUCCGGAGGGGCCGAUUGUGGAUAUCAUGAGAAGGAAAUAUGAGGAUAAAAGUUUAAAAUAUUUGAAUGUCUGGACAGCUGAGUUUGGAUUCCCAAUAGGGGGAUCUCUCAGUUUAAAAAACAUAUCGAUAUUAGAGGAAAAACUGAAAAAAAAAGAACAAGAAAUGAGAAGGAAAAAUACGAUUUCUGUAAGGAAAUUAGAAAACAUAGAAGAUCAAAAAAAAUGUCUUCAGAUGUGGAAAGGGGAAGCAGAGAUGCGAAGUAGGAAAACAGUGCAGAAACAACUCCCUUUUCCAUGUGAAUACCCUGAAACAAAUGAAAAGCAAAUCUCACACACAAAAGGAACACAAGACUCGCAGACUUCUUCUUUGUUUCCACAGUUGGCGGCUUUGAAGCUGGACCCAGACCUUGACGGCAGCCCACCCAUCCAUCUUUCAGCUCCACCACCAUACAACACUACAACACCCAACCAAGGAAGGGAAACAAACUCCAUCACGCCACAGACAAGCACAGGAGCAGCUUCUCCAAUAGCACACAGACUACGUAAUCCAAAUCAAGAUGCAGCCUUCAACAUGCCCAUGGUUGAAGUAUCUGGACCAGAAGGUACAACGUUGGUUUUCCGCCCAUGGACUUCUGCUGACAUCACAGCAGCCUCACAACAUCUACCCAGCCCAACAACAUCAGGCAAAAUGUUUGCUGAGCAAUUCUCCACAUUUUGCCAAGAAUUCAAACCCACCGUAAAUGAACUAAAAAGACUCCUAAUCACCAAGAUGAAACCCACAGAUUGGCAAAAAAUAGCUGGGAAAUUCCCAGAUGCUGAUAUCCGUUGUAAGCACAUCACUUGGGAACAUGAAUCUAAUGCCCACUAUAGAGAUGUUGUCCGUCUUCUCUGUGAUGCAUUUAUUCAAGCUUUUCCUGUAAAAAUCAACAUGGAGAAAAUCACUGCCUGCAAGCAGAAGGAUAAUGAAAACCCUGACGAAUAUCUCACCCGCCUGACAGAGGUAUUCAACACCUACAGUGGCCUGCAACUACCUGACGAACCAAACAAUGUUCCGGAUGUGUGGGAAAUUCAUCUUUGCAACAGUUUCUUAAGUGGACUAAAACCAGACAUUGCCUCAGCUGUUAAAAGUUCCUGUAUUGGAUGGAACGACGCACGUCUGUCAGAACUUCGCAGACAUGCCAUACACGCCCACGACCAAAUACUCUCAAAGAAAAAGAAAAAAGAAGAGACAACACAGAAGGAGCUUCACAUGGCAGCAAUGACCAUGUAUAACACAGUCCAAGGACGUGAACAACCGAACCAUGAACAAAAAGGAAGAGCACAGGGUCGACACAGACAUAGAAAAAGACCUACACAGGAUGCUUGUUUCAUCUGUGGUCAAUAUGGACACUGGAAAAAUGAGUGUCCCAGAAAAACUUCAUCGAUUCCAGUGGACAAAUCGGACUGAAAAUGGUCAAGGGCUGUCGGAGAGGGAUGGACUCCUGCUGACAAGCCAAACCAACUUGUGAAAUCGAAGGAAGGUGAAAUCAGCCCUUCCACAACCAGCCUCCACACCACUGCAUGAUUUCCAACCUGGCGACUGGGUGGUGAUAAAAGAUUUCAGGAGAAAACACUGGCACUCCAAACGCUGGCGAGGCCCAUUCCAGGUACUCCUGACAACACACACGGCAGUGAAGGUCGCUGAGAGAGCAACGUGGGUUCACGCCAGCCACUGCAAAAAGGUCCCUGAACCAACAGAGGAAUCCAGCUGUCGACUUGAACAACGUGAGGACGGACGCCGCGGAGACGGACAACGCGAGGACGAACAAGCGCAAAAAAAAGCACGACACGAGGGAUAACUCCGUAGAUUCAGCAACCACCAACUAGACCCCCGGUUUGAUCAACAACCAAACAACUGCCAUGAUGAUACAUUUUAAAAUCCAUGUGAAUUAAUGUGUCGGAUAAUUAAGUUGUGAAUCCUUUUAUAUUGUCUCAUUUUACUUUUAUUAUUAUUAUUAUUUUUUUUCUCUGUUAAUGAUUAUUAAAUAAUCAAAAGGGAGAAUUGUAAUGGUAAAAAUCCAGCUUUCAUUGUUUCAGUCACGAGAGACACACAACCUCCCCAUUCCCACAGUUCCACAAACCUAUUUGGGACACUCAACCUCCCUGCUGUUAAGAUAAGGUACAAGAUCCUCUUAUCUCUGUAGGAUGUGAACCCUAAAACCCACUUUUGCACCUAGGUGCGAGGUCAUGCAGGACAACCUGGGGUGAAGCACACCAGCAGGAGGUCAGAAGCAUAUCUUGGGAGAGGAGGGGGGUGCCCCUCGAAUUAAGACAAAAGGUUGUAAAACACAUGAUGAGGGGCUGUCCCUCAUGUAUAAAUGUUUAGGUCUCCCCAUGCUCGGGGUCUUUCUUCACUUUGACCGCUCGCGUGUUGACUGACCUUUUCUUUGCAAAGAAAAUAAAACCUUGUCGGCCGGCAGAAGUCUCUAUUUCAUUAUUCACCAGCAGCAAAGAGAAAAAUUU